AUGGUUUAUCCCACUACCCCUCAACAUCAAAAGGAGGAUUUCCGCACUUUUAUCACAAGAGUGAACGUCAAAUUUGGCCUCGAGAUUCCCCUCCCUGGGAUUGAAUCCCCUUUGGCAAGAGAGAGAAAUACCAGCCUCCCCAGUCAGAUCUACAAGCAUAUCCGCCCGUUGUUCUUCAAUAACAAGGUUGACAAGAGAAGUCUAAUUGGCAACCUCGAAGAAUGGGUCCGCGGGAACCUGCCGUUGGCCGGCCCUGGCCAUGCCCAGAACCCUAACUAUCGGGCCGAUGCAGAUCGUCGGGCAAGCCAACGACACCAGAGCGAGGAACCCGCGCUUCCGCUCUCGCUUACUGGCCCCGAGAAGGACAUGUGUAUGAAGCAGCUGCUAGCGCUUAUGAAAGACGAGGAAUAUCUUUUGGCAAAUGGUCGUGUGAUAAACACGAAAAAAAGGUUUGCGGCUAAUUCUAUUGCAGAUGCUCAGGGCUUAUCACCAAAAAAACAAAGGCUUGAUAAUGAAGAUGAAGACGAACACUUUCACACCGCACCGAACUCCCCCGUGAAAGGAUCUGUGCUAGCUCAGUCCCCUUUGGGGAAGAACGGGGAUGGAGAGAUGGUACAAACUGCCUUCCAAGGAUCAUCUUGGAGGGUCUCUGGGACUGCCAGUUUGCCGGUUAGUAGUCAUCGAACAAUUCAGUCUCCUGCGCGGGGACCGGUGGGAAUUGCAUCGCCAGCAAAAAUUCUAGUUCAUCCGUCUCCUGGAAGAAACGAUGGACCCAUUCAGUUGCCUGGACAUAACAAAAGGGACUACCAUUCCCCGGCCAAGUAUUCGAUGACCUUCCCUCCGCCAGCGAAGGUACAACCCGUGCAGGGCCAAGGGAAUCACCACUCGCUCCCUUGGGAAGUGGUCACUAAAUCACAACCCAAGCCUCAAGGCAAUGUUCCAACUCCGACGAGGAAAUCAACGAGCACUUCGUGGCCAGCAAAGACUCUAGUGGCUGCCCAAUCACCCGCGAGGAACCCUGGAUCUGUCCGAUCUCCAUCUAAAACCCCAACAUCGGCCAAAAAAUCACCCUCCCAAUCGCCGUUGAAACAGAUGGAUCUUCGAUCAUUUGGGUUUGGCAGCAGCUUCAACAAAGAAAGUUCUCCUACUGAGGAAGAUGUUGGGUUUAAGAAGCCUACGUUAUUUGAAAAGCUUAGUGCAGCAUCCGAUGAAUCGAAGCGUAACAAUAUGGUGCAUUCAGCCAACACCAGAUUUUCAACCACGAUUACUUCGUCGGCGUUUAUGUCUCGCGAUACUAGCAUGGAGCAAUCAUUUGAUACCGUCAUGACAGACAUGACUGAGCCAAUGGAUACGCAAUCGACAUAUGCAGACUCCGUCGUCGGGUAUAUGGCUAGCGACGAGAUGCAAAGGAGUGUGGAUGCUGCUGCUAUCUCUAUGAUGGUAAAUGGAGACCCCGCAGAGACGGAGUAUUCCCUUAAACAGGAGUUUGUUGAUGAACUCCUGUCCUAUGGCCCAUUUUCGGCAGAAGAAUCCUUCUCAGCGACAAUUCCGUUGCGAUUCCGAUAUGAGCUAGAACGCAUCGGACGCGCGUGGAGAAUUCCCUUCAAGCAAAUACUCGUUGGCAACCGUAUUACCUUCAACACCCAAGAUGAUUUCUGGUCGUGGGUCGGCGGACUUGGUCGACGUUAUGGUCAUCCCUUGCCAGAGAAAUCGCCACGCCGGGCCUGGGAUGCAGCUGUUGGUAAUUUCAAAUCAGAUAAGCACUCAGAGGUAGUGAUACUGUCAGGAGAAUUGAACUGGUGUAAUCAGUCUGAGCCGGGUAUUUUCAAAUUGAGACUCAACCCGCUCAAGCUAGAGCAGACGUGUCGGUUCCACCGAAGAUUUGGAUCUGAUAGAUUCCUCACUCUUACCAUUCCAGCCCCAGAUCAGCCUCCAACCCAUCAGAAACAACCUUCUUACCCAUCAGUCCUUCGUGAGAGCAUUGCUUCCUGGCUCACAAGGAAUGAUCAUUAUCUCCUCGGACGAACAUGGCGAGCUUUCUAUGUCGAAGAAGUAAAGACCAAGCGAAAAGUCAAGGGUGAGUCUCGGUUUCGGGUUGAGCUGUUCGCCAUUGAUGGCGACGACUUCGAUCACGGGUAUCAGAUAACCCCAGUGGUGGCCCCUCCUGGACAGCAAAAUGACAGCUAUACUCCGAUGAGUGUAGAUGCUUUGCUGGAAUGGCAUAUGCCCAAGACUGCGAAUGCGAAUCAAAGCAAUUGUAAGCUCUUCCAGCGUAUAUCUCUAGGCUUAUCGAAGACGUUUGCGACAGUCAAGUUAAAGCCAACGCAAGUGCUUCGCUUGAGAGAUGAUCCAACCCGCACUGCCAUGAAUGAUGGAUGUGCUUUGAUUUCGAGGACUCUUGCGAACCAAAUUUGCGAUCAAUUGGGCAUAACCACCGCCACGCCUAGUUGCUUCCAGGGCAGAAUGGCAGGUGCUAAGGGCCUCUGGAUGGUUGAUUGCCACCGGUCUAGUAUUACUUCCUUGAACGACGAUGGCAUCUGGAUUCAGAUCUCGGACUCACAGUUGAAAAUACACCCUCAUCCACGGGAAUGGGCUGACCCAGUUGACGAGGAGAAGUUGACGUUUGAAGUAGUCAACUGGGCUAAGCCAUUGCACCCUGUUGACCUCAAUAUCCAGCUUCUUGCAAUUCUGGAAUAUGGAGGGAAUGUAAAGGAGUAUAUUGCUAAACUCACGCGUGACGGUAUGCAGAGUCUUUAUGACGACUUCCUGGAAGUUCUCCGGUCAAACAGUCCUGUGGUUUGUCGAGCCCUACUCCAGAAGCUUAGACUCUCCGGCGAGGAUGGAACUGGCAAAGCACGACGAUUAGAGCAGUGGGUGACUAGUGAUGCGGAAUCCAUCAUCCGUUUCUCGGAGGCUGGCUUUGCCCCACGCGACUUUUUUCCCCUCCGGAUGAAGAUCCGCAAAUACUUGACAUGGCUUCUUGGGCGACAUGUCGAAGAACUCAAGAUCCAGGUCCCGCUCUCGACCUAUGCGUACUGCAUUGCAGACCCAUAUGGAGUUCUCGGACCGGGGGAAGUUCACUUUGGGUUCUCCAAUAACUGGCGGGAUCCACAGGGGCAGUUUGAAGACAACCUACUCGAUGGGGUAGAUGUUCUUGUAGGCCGAGUUCCAGCCCAUUUACCGUCUGAUAUUCAACGGCGCAAAGCCGUGUGGAAGACUGAACUACGUCAUUUUAAAGAUGUGAUUGUCUUUCCCACCACAGGGACUUUUCCUCUAGCCGUGAUUGUCGAGGGGUUCCAAAAUUCUCCAAUGCCCUCAGAUAAAUAUUCCGCAGAGUAUUACGGGCUCACGAAACACUCCGUUCCGAUGGCUUCCCUGAAGUCGACGGAAGACUUUUUGGAAAGUGUGUUUGAUUUCAACCUCAACCUCUCAAACCUGGGACGAUGUACCUUCGAGCAUGAGAAACUGGCAUACGAUGAGUCGGUCGGCUUUCCGAAAGCGAAAGAGCUAGCCUGUCUUCUGGGUCACCUUGUGGAUGGCCGGAAAGGUGGAGUUCAUCUUUCAGAGCAAGCCUGGAAAAAAUACCGCAAAACCAUUAGCCCUGAGCAACGUGCGCUUCCCGCAUAUCGGAACCCGGAGCGUAGGUCCAAACCGUCGAAUAUUGUCGACUACCUCACGUUUAACGUCGCACAGUCGGAGCUUCGCAGAAUUCUCUCGGGUCUCAACGAGGCGUUCCCCGAGAACGAUAGCCAAAACCAGCUCGAUGAUGACCUCAUUCGUCCGUGGAGUGAAGCCAAUGAAGCAUCGAAGAGCAACUCUGAGCACGGUCAAGAGUUGAAAGACGCACUUGGUGAAGUCAAGAGGUCGAUAGACGAACUGUACAAGCAGUGGAAUCAGGGGCACUCUGCUUCUACUGGCGAUGAGUUCUCUGCUAUAUCCCGUCAAGCUGCCGAGAAUGCAGCUGCGCUCCCUCCGCCCAAUGCGGGCAAACACCCGCUCAUCCACACUUGGCAAAACAGCCGCAAUGAGUGGCAACGGCUGGUAGCUUCGUACACCUACCGUCGAUGUCCAAACUCUCGGUUUAUUCUCCAUUCCUUCGGCGAGACAUUGUGCGAGAUCAAGGCGUCCGCCUCCCCAUCCCGCCUUGUCAUCAAUGAGGUGGUCGCCUGCUACCAAGUGAAUCAGAAAAUGGUGGCACAUCUCACGGCCAACGAAUUCCCAGUAGAUGAGACCGAUUAUGUAGAUGAGUAUGAAGACGGAGAAGCCAUUGAAGCCAUGCUAUCCUCUUGA